GGGAUGACUGUUCAGUUCAGCUGAUCAUCUGAUAGCGUGACACCUUUAAGUGUCUCUGACCUAUUAUGUAUAUCAGUCUGAUCUGUUCUGCAUGUGAAUUUAAUACCUUGCUAGUUGUUUACAGGAAAUGGCCUUCGCCACAUGAACUUUCUUCCCUCCUAAUCACUAAGGUACGAGGAAAUACAGGGAGAAAAUGUGGCUUCUGGCAAGAUUAGAUAGGAGGUUGGCAUUGAUUUAUGACUUACUGUGAAGUGGAAAUAAAAAGGGAAGGACUAAUGCUUCUUCACGAACAUUAGGAGAACAUAACUCGGAGAAGAGGAGCGUGAACAGGUGCUGAGAACGUCGUCUGUAAAUUACGAUCUCAAACACAGCUACAUAUAUUUUCUCACAUAGAUCAACAUGAAGACAUUGGCACUGUUCUCACUGUGCCUUAUUGCAGUGGCUCUGAGCAUGCCAUCGGUGCCUCCUGGCGCGAUGAAAGAAGACCAGAGCCUUCUGCUGGAAGAGCUGGUUCCUGUGCAGGGUCACAUAGUGGUCGAGAGUCCGGCACCGCAGCCCGAACUGAGCUCCAAAGAGCAGCAGGAAAACCCGAUUCCGGUGGACGUGAAGCAGAGCCAGAGCACGGCGCAGCUAGAGGUUAAAGGGGAGCAAGAGGUUGAAGUGAAGCCAGAAGCUAAGGAGGAAGAACAGUUUAAAGCAGAGCAAGAAGUUAAAGCAGAGCCAGAGCCAGAGCCAGACAUGAAACCAGAAGCUGAGAUGCUGCCAGAGGAGGAUUGGCAUGAGGCCGACAUGAGGGCGAGGGACUAUAACUCAAAUGAAGAACCAGUUGUGGAGCUGGACCCUAAGAUGAUGGAAGAGCCCUCUCCGAAUCAAGAUGUCAUGUCAGAUGCUGCUUUCGUGGACGAAGGGUCAGCACUGGACGAAGGGUCAGCACUGGACGAAGGGUCAGCACUGGACAUAAUGGGGCAGCCGAUGUCCCUUUCAGAAAACUAUUUUCCAAAUGAAGAAGCUAAAAUGGGGAUGAGGAAGCUCCAAAAACAGUUGCAAAUGGUGGCAAAUGAUCCGAUAACGGAGGAAACGGGGCGAGUUCUCACGAGGGCGGGGGAAUCGCCAGAGCAGGUCUUUGAGGGCUCAGCAAUGGAAGACGCUAUUAGUGAGGUGUCUGUGAGGACUGGAGACACAAGACUAGCAGGCAAGCAAGGGCAGAGCUCUUGUCCCGGUGUGGUGCUUGACGGAAAGUGCUACCAGUUCUUCAGUGGACCAAAGAGGGCUGCAGAUGCUGAGUUCUUUUGCCAAGACAAUUUCCGCGGUGGCCACCUGGCUUCCAUCACAAGUGAAUACAACCACAGGCAGCUGAUAAGCAUGAUGAGGCAAAAUGGAGCAUAUACACGCACCUGGGUCGGAGGGCUGAGGCUUCUGAAGACCGGUCGUUUCAUCUGGUUGGAUGGAUCCCGCUGGAGCUACGCUGACUGGCUGUCGGGGGAACCCAACAACACAUCAAACCUGGAGGACUGUAUAGAAGUUCUUGCUUUCAGGAAAUGGAAAGUUUAAUGACUUCACAUGCUGGGAGCCUCAGGCUUUCAUCUGCUCCUACCCUCAUUAGGAGACGUUCAGGGAGUGCUUUUCUUUUCUUUCCAGCCGCCCUCCUUGUUUGUUCUUUCGUCCUUUACUUGCAUUAAAUCCUUUUAGGG